AUGGAACACAAUGUCGAGGGCAUGGAGAGGUGCACUCCGGGUGUGGACAAUAGGGAAAUGGUGGCUCACUCAACUGUGUUCACGCGUCUGCAGAAUGACUUGCGCACGCUUGGGAAUCAGGCAGGUGUGCAGAGGGAUGGGGUUAACAGAGAAUCGUUACCUGAAGCUGUUCUUGAGGAGGGAUGCACGCGGUCGCAUCCUACUAGUAUGGAGAGGGCUGAGCCCUGGUUGGUGUUGGCACAGGAUCAUGGUGUUUGUAUUGAGGGGUCGACUUCUAAGGUAGGAGAGAAGGAAGGCGUGGGCCUGCUACAGACGGAGUGCGUAGAAGGGGAGUUAUGCACUGUUCUCGACCAGGGUGUGGAAGACUCGCAUGAGCUUGGUUUGCUACAGAGGCCGCCGUGUGCUCAGUUUCGUGGCUGUGCAGGGGCUCCUAAGGAUGAUACUUGGUUGGAGGUGGGCCCCCCUAUUGAGGGCGACCGACAGACCACGCUUCAAGCGUUAAGAGCUUUUGGGUGCUCCUUACAGAGAAGGGUUAAUGGAGUGAGCAGGUUCCUGAGCAACAAGCCCACGGUUAGAAGGUUGAAGCCGUUGGUUAAGGAGUACAAACUGGAUUUGGUUGCAAUUGCUGAGCCGAAGAUCUCUUUUGACAAUGCAUCUCAGGUUAUGAGAAGUUUAAAUAUGCAGCAAUGUGUGAAUAAUGGCCCGGAGGGUGCGAAUAGACUGUGGAUCUUUUGGAAGGAACAUGUCAAGGUGGAGGUGGUGGGAAUUCAGGCCCACUUCGUGUCUUUGGCCUGUGAAACCACUGGGUCUAGUGGUAGAUUCGGUCUUACUAUGGUCCAUGCCCCUUGCUCCUUGGAGGAUAGGAGGCUAGUCUGGGAGGCUCUUGGUAAUGCGCUGGUCUCAGUGGACUACCCCUGGGCGGUUUGUGGUGACUUUAACGCAGUUUUGGACCCCCAGGAGAAGCUUGGAGGUGGUCCUCCCUGUGGGGCUUCGAUGGAGGAUUUUGGUUCUUUUGUGUCGAGGGUUCAACAUUUGAACAGGACCUGCUCGGAUCAUGCCCCUAUUUGUGUGGAGCUUUCUACAACUCAGACGCGUUUUUAUGCUCCUUUCAGGUUCCAACAAAUGUGGAUCCAUCACCUGUCAUUCAGAGACUUUGUGGCAGACUGUUGGAGAGCGAGUUUUGUAGGGACCCCUCUCUCUGUGUUGUUUUUAAAGUUAAAGUUUCUUCGAGGCAGGCUCGAAGAAUGGAAUAGGGAGUGUUUUAGCAACAUCCACCAGAAUGUCCAUGGUGCGGAGGAUACGGUGUCCAGAGCUGAGUUUGACUUUGAGUCGGAUCCUACUGAGCAGGCUCAAAAUGCACUUCAGGGCACCCGCAAUAAUUUAAAUCUAACCCUGUUACAGGAAGAGAUUUUCUGGAAGGAGAAGUCUAGAGUUAAAUGGUUAAAGGAGGGGGAAAGAAACACAAAAUUUUUCCAUGCAGUGGUAAAUGUGAAAUGUAAACGGAGUGGCAUUGGGAAAAUUAAAAAUGGGCAGGGGGAGUGGAUUCAGGACUGGGAGGUGGUUAAGGCGAAAGCUAUAAGAUUCUUCAGGGAUAGCUUUGCUUCGGGCCAAACCACGAACAAUGAGGAAAUGUUGAGUGCCAUCCCAGUGAUUAUCUCGGCGGAGGAGAACAUGAUGCUUACGGCUUCGCCUCAUUUUGAAGAGGUUAAGGAGGCUGUUUUCGCUCUUUCUAAGGAUAGUGCUCCAGGUCCAGAUGGAUUCACAGGGCAUUUUUUUACAGCUUGUUGGGAUAUUGUAGGAGCAGAUGUCUGGGUAGCGGUUAGAGAUUUCUUUGAGGGAGGUUUUGUCCCUCGCAGCUUCACGUCUUCUCAUCUCACGCUCAUCCCCAAGAAGGGGGUACCUGAAACUAUGGCAGACUUUAGACCGAUAAGCUUAUGCAAUUUCUCUUAUAAGAUUAUUGCCAAGGUUUUGGCUUCUAGGCUGGCUGUUCUGCUCCUGCAUGUUAUCUCUAAGGAGUAA